AGGAACAAAUGAGUGAACACAAGGAAAAGACAUAGAUGGAGACAGCUGAUACAUAGACCUUGAAAAGCAAGCAAAGAUUUUUAUUAUAUUGGUUUUCAUAUAAAUAAGGAUAUAUUCCAAAGCGGAGCGAAAUAAGAGUGUGAAAGUGCAUGAAAGGACAAGAGAAAUUCAGAGCCAUUUUGAAAGUGAGGACCAUGAUCUGAGGAAUAAAAUGUCUAAGCAAUAAAAUGAGCUUCUUUUCUUGGAAAAAACUAAAGAUACAUUAUUAAACAAGCAGAAAAUAGCUUGUGUGCUUAAGAUAAUUCGUGCUUCGACAGACAUAAAUAAACAUAACAGACAUAAGUUACUAGCUGCUGAAGGAUUUUGGUAAAAAAGCCAGAUAUUGAAAAAGAAAAAACAAUUGUGGAUGGAGGGGUCCGAGAGCCCUCGCUUCAGGAAGCUACAUUUCCCUGUGGGUCUGUGGAUAAAUUCUCCCCGAAAACACUUUGCCAAACUGGGGGCUCGUUGGCCCAGCGCAGUGUCUGUAAAAUCAACCACCAGCUCAGAUGCUGCUUCUCUGCACGAGGCUCCCUCUGCUCCUUUAUCCUCCCUCUCUCUCUCCACCCCUUCUCUGGCUCCCCCCUCCCCUUCCCCUUCUCCCUUCCUCCGCCCCCGUCCUGCUGCCCCUCAGUCCCGUGCCAAACGCCUGUCGCACCUCUUCCUAAGGGGCAGGUCGAACAGUGACCGCGACCGGGCGGUCGGGGAGAGGGAGGUUUGGGCACACUCCUCUGCAUCUUCCUCCCACCACUACCUGCCUCCUGCCUCCUCCACUGCCCCAGGGCUCAUUAAGAUCUAUGGAGAUGCCCUCUCCAGUGGGGCCAACUACAGGAGCCUGCUGGCCAACAUCCACUCCACCGCCCACCAGCUCAUCUCGCAGGUCAUCACCCGUUACACUGAAAGAGAAAGGGAGGGAGAGAGUGAGGAUGGGGCUUUCCACAAACCCAGCCCUGAUGAGUUCCUCCUGUGUGAUGUCAUUGGGAAACCCACCGUACAGCCCGACGGGGCCGUCCAAUGGGAGACAGAGUGUCGGAGGGGUGUGGCCUCGUGGGAACGCCCCCUGCUUCUGAUUGACAUGUGGAAGCCAAAGGAGGGGUUUGAGCGACGUUUCGAGAUCCAGAGAAAGGACGACUAUGAGAGGGAAGAGAGGACAAAAGAGAGGGAACGAAAGAGAGAUGGGGAGAAUCACGCAGUGCCGUGGAGGCGGAGCCGCAUGUCGUCGGGUGGAGGAACAGAAGAGACGGAGCGUGGCCACCGGGCGAGGAACUCGGAGCUACGGAGGAGCAUCAGCGACAUGAACCUGAGUCUGCGCCGUCGCCAGGGGCAACACGCCGGCAAUGACAACCGCCGCCCCAGCAACCCCACCAGCACCGGCAACAGUGGAGGGGCCCAAGAUAGAAAGAACAUCAUAAGCAUGAUAGCAACAGAUUCAGGAGAGGUGACGGGGUCAAAGGUCGGAGUUGAAAGGGACAGGAGACCCCAAAGGCAUGAGGAGGAGAAUGAUGCUUGUGACCUGGAAGUGAUGUCACAGAGCCUGAUUCUUCCGCCCACGGACCGCCCUUACUUCCUGCUGCUGCAGGGAUACGACCAAAGCAAGGACUUUGUGCUGUACAUCAUGACUGGCCAUACACAUGUCUUUGGGAGGAAGCCCUUGCCAAGGGACAGAGAGAAGGACAGAGAGAGAGAGAGGAAGGGGAGGAAGCAGCUGAAAGUAGAUACCUUCCUUUCAGCCCCUGACCUACUUAUCCGUCACCUACUGGUCAGGAGAGAUGCUGCCCUGCCUGGUCAAGAUGCCAAACACGCUCUCGUGCGGCCCUUCCGAGGCGGUGCCGUCAGUCACAACGGGGUGGCGCUGUACAGGGAGGCCGAGCUCAAGCCGGGAGACCUGCUAGGUUUGGGAGGCCACUUCCUCUUCCUUUAUCGCGACCCCCGCGUGACCCCCAGCCCGGCGCCUGCCUUGCCUUUCCCGUGGCAGCAGGAUUCCUCGACACCCUGCUGCCCGGGGAGUGUGGUGGACAGACAGGAGGUUCUGCGCCAGUACCUCGGGUCCACUGACGCUGUGCUGAAGUUUCACCCCAGACACGGCGAUGCCCUGCUGCAGGAGAUCAUGUCAAAGAACUCCUCUCCUGAUGCAGGGUGUGGGCCUCUAGCGCCUGCGUACCUCCUGUCCGUUAUGAUCGACUACGCCUCCAAACACCUGGAUCCUGCACUCAUUCCUCAGCUACUGCUAAAAUCAGCCAAUCAAAUCAAAGCUACAGUCUGGGAAAACAUUAAAGAAUUUGGGGAGAAGCAUCCCACACAAAAUCCUACCGAUCAGGAAGGGGAAGUGAGCACACCAACCAUACAGAAGGUGUCUUCUGACCUUCGACCGCUGAUGUUCUGGAUGUCCAAUGCCACAGAACUUCUAAACUUCUUCCAGGUCAAAGUAGAGGCCAUGGAGAAAGAAUGGGAAUUUGAGGCUCCAGGUGACCCUGUUUUGUCAGCUGACAUGGAUACCUGCUCUGAAGCCCUGGCGCAACUUGAUGAUGUCAUAAUGCACACCUUCCAGCAGUGUGUGUACCACUUGACUAAGACACUGUAUUCCCUCCUUCCAGCUCUGUUGGACACAAACCCGUUCUCCAGUGAAGAGAAGGGGAAGGACGCAGAUGAGGUAAAGGAGGAGGGAGGGAGUGAGGGUGGUGGAGAAGAGCGGGAAGAUGAUGCGUCUUCUCUCCCUCCCACUGUCGCCGGUCUGGUGGAUGUGUACCGGCGCUCCCUCGCGCUCUCCCGAGAGGCUUGCCUCUCCCCUCCGCUCACCUCCCAGACGUUUGGAUAUCUCUUCUUCUUCACCAACACCUCCCUGCUCAACACUCUGCUGGAGAGAGAUGGGUUGUUCUCCUGGUCGCGGGCAGUUCAGAUUCGCACAAACCUGGACCUGGUCCUUGACUGGCUGCAGGGUGCGGGAUUAGGUGACAUCGCUUCUGAAUUCCUGAAAAAGCUGUCGAUCACUGUCAACUUCUUAUGCAUCCCAAAGACCCGCCUCAUCCAGUCGUCUUGGUCUGGACUGCAGGAAGACUAUGCCUUACUAAGCCCCUCCCAGCUCCAUCAUCUUCUGACACAUUAUAAACUGGGACCUGCUAGAGCCCCGCCCACUUCCUGGGCCCCACCCCCUGAGACAGAACUUGGUGGAGAUAUUUUUGAAAGCUUCCUGGAUCAUCCCCCUCUAAUCUUGCCCAAUGAGACACCUCGACUGGACCUUACUCAGCCAAUUCCGAGUCCUGAACUUCAACAGGAAGUGACACGCCUGCGCAGUUUCCUGUGGGGACUUGAUCAGGAUGAGCUUCCAGCCAAUCAAAGGACAAGGCUAUAAGACAAUUAUCCAGCACUGAUAGGCAUAGCAGUUGACUGAAUUGAGGAAGGGAGAACAUUAUUUUUGAAGGCUCGUGCCAGUAGUAAAAAUAUGUUUUCAUUUCAGGAGUGAUAUUUGUUAUUCAGACAGGACUCUCUUAAAAUGCAUAAUAUUUUCACAUGAAAAGAAGAGAAAGAGAAAAUAAUAUAAUAUGAAAAAGAUACUUAAACUGAAAAAAAUAUGAACUGCUUUGGACAUGAUUGUGAAAUGUUAACAGUAUCUAGACCUAUAUAUAGCCCACUGUUAAUAAAUAAACACACUUUAUUUUGAUUGUAUUUCACUCACUUGUGAAUUUACUUACACAGAAUGAAUAAAAAUGUAUUAUUAA